UUUUGAAAAUUAGACACCUCUCUCUCUCUCUCCCUCUUCUAUAAAAACCCAUGUUGUUGGAGAAAAGAAUUUGUUGUUUAGCUUUAAGGAUCAUCAUCAUAUUGCUAAUUAGGAAGCUCAAUUUUUGGGACUCUUUGGUCUUCUCAAUUUUUGCAGACCAUACCAUACCAGAACUACACGGAACAGUGAGAUACAGAGACAGAGAAAUGGAAAAUGGAGGGAAGAAAUUGAAUAAUGGAAGUAGCCAACAAUUCGAAACGCCGACGAACAUCACAAUCAAAGGCAUUCUGGGUCUGUUGAUGGCCAACAUCGAUUCCAACGACGAGAGGCGAAUUAUUUCUCUGGGUAUGGGAGACCCAUCUGCCUACUCUUGCUUCCACACCACUGUUGUUGCUGAAGAAGCUGUGGUCGAUUCUCUUCGCUCUGAGAAGUUCAAUGGCUACUCUCCCACAGUCGGUCUUCCUCAAACCAGAACGGCAAUUGCUGAAUAUUUGUCACGUGAUCUCCCUUACAAGUUAUCACCCGACGAUGCUUUUGUCACAUCUGGUUGCACUCAAGCUAUUGAUGUAGCAUUGUCAAUGUUAGCUCGCCCGGGAGUGAAUAUUUUGCUUCCAAGGCCAGGGUUCCCAAUCUACGAACUUUGUGCUGCUUUUAGACAUCUUGAAGUUCGGCAUUUUGAUCUUCUUUCCGAAAAGGGUUGGGAAGUUGAUCUUGAUGCUGUCGAAGCUCUUGCAGACCAUAACACUGCUGCAAUGGUAAUCAUAAAUCCUGGGAAUCCAUGUGGCAAUGUCUAUACUUAUCAACAUUUGAAGAAGAUUGCUGAAACUGCUAAAAGGCUGAAAAUUCCUGUAAUUGCUGAUGAAGUUUAUGGCCACCUUGCUUUUGGGGCUAAUCCUUUUGUGCCGAUGGGAGUUUUUGGUUCAGUUGUUCCAGUUCUCACGCUUGGCUCUUUAUCAAAGCGAUGGAUAGUCCCCGGUUGGCGACUUGGUUGGUUUGUGAUAAAUGAUCCAAAUGACAUCUUCAGAAACCCAAAGAUUGUUGAGCGGCUUAAGAAGUAUUUUGAUAUUCUUGGGGGUCCUUCAACAUUUAUACAGGCAGCAGUCCCGCGCAUUCUUCAGCAAACUGAAGACGUAUUCUUUACAAAGACCAUUAAUAUACUAAAGCAGACCUCUGAUAUUUGUUGUGAAAGAAUAAAGGAGAUUCCUUGCAUUUCAUGCCCAUAUAAACCAGUGGGAUCCAUGGCUGUUAUGAUGAAACUGAAUGUUUCCCUCCUCAAAGACAUUAGCGAUGACAUUGACUUUUGCUUCAAACUGGCCAAGGAGGAAUCUGUGAUCAUUCUUCCAGGACUUGCUGUGGGUAUGAAAGAUUGGAUUCGCAUCACUUUCGCGGUUGAACCAUCUUCACUUGAAGAAGCUUUCGGGAGGGUGAAGUCUUUCUAUCACCGACACUCCAAUCAGCAAAUAGAAUACUAAAUAAUUCAGGCCGAUACUGGCUAUAUAAGCCAUCGCCAUUGAAUUUUUACCCAGUAGUAUCUUAUUUGUAAAAUUGUGGUGGUGCAUAGAUGUACUCAUUUAUUUUAAUAUUAAAUAUUUUAUAUAAUAAUUUAUUUAAUUUAUGAUAGAUGGUGGUUACUUGUAUUAAUAUGUGUUUCAAGAGUUUGGAACUCUUUUUAUUAAGACAUGCAUUAUUAUCAUUGGAA